AUGGCCAAGUGUACAGGACAAAAUGGCCAAGUGUACAGGACAAAAUGGCCAAGUGUACAGGACAAAAUGGCCAAGUGUACAGGACAAAAUGGCCACAGUCAGGAGCGUGCAACUGUGUCCCACGGAGCCACUACUGUGGCUCUUAGCAGCCUUCACAUACUGUUUCGUCAAAACUUGUGUAUUUUAAAUACCAUUGUCACUUACAGGGAUGACCUUCAUGAUGAACUUCGUUUCUUCCAAAAUGCUAUUGGAUCUGUUCCUUCCCCACUUGAUUGUUACUUGGUUAAUCGGUCACUCAAAACCUUGGCACUGAGAAUGGAACAACACAUGAAGAAUGGUUUAGCAGUGGCCAAGUUUUUGGAGACUCACCCUUGUGUGGAGAAGGUCAUUCACCCUGGGUUACCAUCUCACCCUCAGCAUGAGCUGUCGAAGCGUCAGUGUUACGGCCACUCCGGCAUGUUCUCCUUCUGCAUCAAGGGAAACAGUUUAAAAGCAUCGACUCACUUUUGCAAGCAGUUAAAGAUGUUUACUUUCGCAACUAGCUUGGGAGGGGCUGAGUCUUUCUGUCAACCUCCGUGUGUGAUGAGCCACAAGUGUCUGCCAGCAGAGACUAGAGAGAGCUUGGGCAUCACAGAUGGCCUCGUCCGUGUGUCGUGUGGCUUAGAGCCGGCUCACGACCUCAUCAAAGACCUUGAUCAAGCUCUCAGAGCUGUGGUCCCAAUUGACGAGGAAACUGUACCAGUAAAAUGCCUAGAAGAUAAUCUAAAGGCCUGUGGGAUAUAAUUAUCUAGUGCAAUAGACAAUGUUUGUCUGUGUGGGGACCAAACAUAUUUGUGAUUAUAACUUGAUAUUGGUUUGGUGUUGGCUUGGGAUCUAUCAGUCUCCGGAGGGUUAUUAAGGUUAUUAUUACUGGAAAAAACCCACACUUGUCUAUUUGUAAAACUUAUGUAAGGAAUUUACAGUCUUUCGCACUCUUCUGAGUGUGUGUGAAAGACUUGGUGUAAAUUCCUUACACGAGUUUCAUAAAUACACAAGUGUGUGUUUUUUUUACCCUAUGUUAUUAUGUGUGUGAGAAGACAUUACCGUUGCUAAUUGUUGAUGUUGAUGAUGUUAUUUUGUUAUGGUGUUAUUGUUAUUGUUACGUGGGCAACAAGCACGGCUGCUACCAAUUGUAACGUUAGAUACAUGUCACCAUUGUAACACUUCCCACAAACACUCACAGUAAUGGUUGCUAAAAAAAAACUGGUAAAACUUUAGGCUGUAAUAAUUGUAUUUUGCCAGUUCUCUGGGGUGAUAGUCUGCCCUCGCAGCAGAAAAUGCCCAAACCAGUUAUCGGGGGGGGGGGGGGGA